UGGUAGGUGGAGAGGGGGGUGAAGAGGGCAGACAUGCUGAGACUUCUCACUGCAAACAUGUCUGUCUGCAACACUUUAACCCUCAGGAGAUAUUCUUAUAUCUAUUUUAUAUAUAUUUUAAACAACAUUGAAAUAUUCUGGUUAGUUGUUGGUGCUAAAAGAUAGUAAAUAUAAGUUAUUUAUUAUAAUUCCUUACAAGAAGAUGCUUGACCUGGACACUGCUGGAAAUAAGAUUUCCUCCUCACUUCCAUAUGUUGGUUUCUCUCUUCCCGCUGCUGCUGCUGCUGCUGCUUUCAUUGCGGGUGGCCCGGAGUGAAGAAGUACCCCCCGCCGUCCGGACCUUCACGUACACAGAUUCGGCCACCGAAGAGUCGUUGGAGUGCGACAAGUGUCCCCCGGGAACCUACCUGCGCGCACGCUGCACAGCGACGCAGAAGAGCUUGUGCGCGCCUUGUCCGUCGGGCUCGUUCACGGAGCUGUGGAAUUACAUCAGUAGGUGUUUACGAUGCAGCGCGUGUGGCUAUUACCAGGAGGUGAAGACCGCGUGCACCGCAGAGCGUGACUGCCAGUGUCAGUGCAAACAGGGAUACUACUACCAGAGCCACAACGACAUGUGCUCCGGCCACAAAGAGUGUCCUUCUGGUCAAGAAGUGCUGGCCAAAGGUACACCUGAUGAGGACACUCUUUGCCGCAAAUGUCCCUACGAGACCUACUCCGACACCUCCUCUGCUCUCCAGAACUGCACACAACACAAGAGCUGCGCUGCUCCAGGGCUGAAGCUGGUGCUGAAGGGCUCCGCCUGGCACGACAGCGUGUGCGCCAACUGCCAAGACCUCAAAUCAAAAGACGGGGGCGACUACCUCAAAGAGAUCCUCCCAGCUUUCUUCGUCCACCACAAUAUUCCCGGCAGGCGUCUGCGUCGUUUCGCACACAGGCUUCCGACUAAGGACAGCAAAAAACAAGCAGUUUCAGGACUUACCACCUCAGAACUUCAUUCACUGAUCAACACUUGGGUCGCUUCUGCCACGGCAAGUCAGAUUCGACUGCUUCCGGCGAUAUUGAAAAAUGCAGGAGUGAACUCCAAUGAUCAACUAUUGAGUAAACUGGAGAGACUCGAUUCAAACCUGAAGCAGAUACCGCAGUGUGCUAUAGACAUACAGGGACAUGUAAUUGUAAUAUAAGGUUAGAAAAACAAUUGAAUUGUGCUUAACAAAUAAUAUAAUAUAAAUAAUAAUGCAUUUGUUAUUUCAUCUAUUUUUACUUCCCUUUGCAAUAUGCACUGUAAAUACAGGCUGUAUCCUUUUUUAUUAUUUAAAGGAGAAUACCAUUCAAUUCGAAAAAGUUUGCACACAUUUUGUGCAUUUCAUUUUUUUCUUUCUUAAAAUUGACCAAACUGUCUAAUCUUGAAUCUGUCACCUAGUUUGAAAUGCCCUGCUGUCCUUUACUACAACUUAAAUAAAUGAUGAGAGUCAAUAUGUUAAGGACAACACUUCAUGUCAAGUCAGGUGAUUGAUAGGAAUUAUGUGAGAGAGAGAGAGAGAGAGAGAGAGAGAGAGAGAGAGAGAGAGAGAGAGAGAGAGAGAGAGAGAGAGA